CUUCCAACUACCACAGCGACGACUACGACGACGACGACGACGACGACUACGGCAACGCGGCGGCGGCGACUACGACACCGACACCGCCACCACUACCUCAACCGACGCGGCCGCGCUUCCUCGUCCACAUCAACCGCCGCGCUCCCGCGACCACCUCGGCCGUGCAACUCGUCGGCGGCAGUAGUAUCCGCGUCCCCGGACAUAACGUCCGCCCGCCGGUUGUGUCCGCUCGCGUCGUUUGCCGCGUAUAAUAUACAUACCUCCUGUAUACCAUACACGACGUGCUUUGAUCAACGUUAUGCCAUUAAACCCGUAGUGCUACAGUAUAUAUAUAGGAUAUAACUUCUGGCGAAAUUUUCUUUAUAUUAUAAGUGUGCGCAGGGCUCGUGUAAACACACGGACAACAGUUGUCUCGCGUGUGAGACCACAAUAAUUGUUUUCAACAGACCACGGUGACGGAGUGCAAGUUGUGUGUGUGUGCAAAAACCGUGAACGUAUUCUCCUUCCUUGUAUAUAUAUAUAUAUAUAUAUAUACACCUUUAUAUGUACAUUUAAUAUUUACACAUAAUAUUAUCCGUCCACAUUAUACACAAUAACACUGCACGUGCGAGAAAUAUCCGGCACUGCGUACCAUCGACUCUAAAUGAGUUACCGUCGGCUGCAACAGCGGCGUAGGAGGGCAAUCGUCUCGUGUUCCACAAAUACAUCGUUCCCCCGGUACACUGGCGGUGGCGGUACGACACCGGCGCGAACAGCGGCUUCAGAGGGUGGUAGGUAGAGCGUCUGCAUCAUCAGCGUCAUCAGCGGCGAUCUCGACGUAAUCGGCCGAGACAACCGGCGCGUUAUAUAUACAACGCACACUAUUGCUCACGACGCAACGCUCAGUGCUCAAUAUAAUAACUGUAACCGAAACAUUUUCAAUCUCAAAUACAUAAUUUAAAUAAAUCAAAAAUACAAUAAUAUAAAUAUUAUUAAUAUUGAGUGAGUAUAUAAUAUACAGGAAUAGUACGUAAUACACACAGCUGCGCCUUUGCAGUGCUUAUAAUAUAAUAUUCAUACCAAGCGUUUCGAUGGACAACCAAAACAACAGCACCACUACCACAUUCCUGCCGCCACCCAUCGACGGUGAGGCGUCGGCGCCGCUCGCGCAACCCGACGACGAUUUCGUGGUGCCCCUUUCAGCGGCCGGUACCCCCAAUACGCCGGCCGACGACGGUGGCACCGGAUCUACCGUGUCGCCCGUGUCUCCUGUCCACCUCAACCGUCAGCAACACGGCGCAUUGAUGAUGGACGACGACCAGGCGGCCAACACCGCCGCUGAUAGCGGUGCGACGGACGACAGCUCCGUGCUGUUGCCGCCGCCCGACGAGACGGACAACGAAGAGAAAUCAAACAAAGACAACGCGGACGACGAAGACAACGGUGGCGACAACAAUGACGAGGCCGCCGACGACGAUGAUCAGGUGCCGGUUCUGGCCAUGUCGGGCAUUCUACCGGCCACGGCUACUGGUGGUGGCCCGAUUUCCGACUCGAAGAAAACUUCUGGCGGACCGAACGACACGCUCACCGGCGGCGGAGCUGGGACCGGAAACGGAGAAAAUAAAUCCAAAGAAAAAACACGUUAUACGGCCGGCAGCGGCACAGGAACUGGAACGGAUGCGGAAGAUUCCGGAACAAGCAAUCCUCAGGCGGCUUUGGGAUGUGGGACUACGUUUGAAUACGUAGUACUGGUAACGGCGUGCUCAAUUCUGCUAUUGGCUGUUACCGGCACUACCAUUUACUGGACUAUGGCCUACCGAGGUGGAUACGACACCAAUUGGUUUCCCUGGCCACCACUGACUCCUAGGGAAAUGUUAUCUGGUGGAGUAUUUACUUACAAGCACCCACAAAACUUCACUACCGGCGGCAGCGACAUCAGUACGACAAUUACAACGACCACGGUCGAACAACAACAAUCUUCACAGUUGAACAUAUCGUCAUCAAACGUUUCAAUUGAAGAUCGGCGGUUCAACCUGCAUCCGACUUUGAUGACGAUCGGUUUGGUCACCUUAACCGGAUUCUCUAUAUUGGUGUACAGAAUGGCUGCUGGAUGUUCGACUUCGUGCAGGGGUACCUAUGUGAAAUUAACACACGUACUAUUGCAUAUAGCUACCGCACCAUGUAUAUUGUUGGGAGCUGUGGCCGCCAUGGAAUACCAUCGUUUAAAAGGCUUACCGCAUAUGUAUUCGUUGCACAGUUGGAUGGGAUUAUUGACAUUUAUACUUUUUACAAUUCAGUUCAUCCUUGGAUUUUUCACGUUCGUUUUACUGUUAUGUUGCCGUGGCGCAACGGCUGUGUGUCGCUUACGAUGUUUCGCGCCCAUACAUGCCACCCUGGGACUGUGCACGUUCACACUGGCCAUAGCUACCUGUCUCACCGGACUUCAGCAACGUGCCGACUUCUCGAUAUUCAGCAAUAAUAAUGGAGACGGUGAACAGACAUUAUCCGAGUUGAUCAAAAAGAAGUUAUACUUGAACAAGGAGCCGGUAGUGGUUAAUGUAUUGGCCGUUUUGCUGGUAUCCGUGUUGAUAGUUGUGUCGUAUAUGGUACGCCGAGAGUCGCUGAAGCGAAGGCCCAACAACAAACCGUCAUACACAGCAACAGUCAGUCCACUACGCAUAAAAUCUUCGUCGUCGUCUACCGGAAAGUUUGGAUCGGGAAAGCAAUCGUCGCAGCCUCCAGUUUGAGGAUAUACACAUCACAUUCCGCAACGAUUUCUGCCAUCACUUCUAUAUUUAAUACAAACAAAAUACAAUUAAUAACAAAAGUACAACAAAUUGUCAUCGUCAUGUAAUCGGUCUUAUACAAAUACUAUAUUUAUUAUUUAUAGAAAUAAUAUACAUUCUAAAAUUUGUUUCUCAUAUAUCAUCGUAACUGGCCUAAUACAUUUUCAUUUCCAUUUUCAUAUGUAUUUAUUUUUUAUCUAAAAUAAGUUAUAAGUACACUAUAUUAUAUAUGUUAACAUUCAUCGGCCGUGACAUUGCGCAAUUAUUAAUGAAAGCUCUAAGUAACAUUGACAUUAUUAUCUCUGUGUUCCACAUUCCUAUUUGUCUUCCUAUUUCCAAAUUUCUCUUUAGAUAGGAACUAUUAUGCGUAUGUUUAUUUUGUGAAUAUGACAAAUUGCUAUUACUUAUCGAUGUUGAAGUAAUACUUCAGUUCGAGUAGCUAUAUUAUAUUCACACGUGUAUCUAUAGUUAAUAGUAUAGUAGGUAUUAACCUACAUAAUAACGUAGUUAGACAAUGAUAGAGUUAAAUAGAAUCUACUUUUUUUUUUAAUAUCGCGUCAUUUUUACAAUUAAUAUUUAUGUUUAUACACGCACUUGUAUACUCGCGUAGUGUACUUAUGCGUGUGAUAGAUUAAUAAAUUAUAAUUACCUAUACAAUUUUUUUUUACAACAACGUACCUACUUGAUAAAUGUAUAGGAUUAAGAAAACAAAUUCGUACGACACGCGUGUGUUUGCAAUAUUACAACUAAAAAGUGUCUAUCAAUUUAUUUAUAUAAUGUUCAUAAAAAACACAACAUUAAUUAUGUGUGAAGGUUUAGAAUAAACAAUUUAAAACAAUUCGACCAAAUUUAAAACAAUCGCGAGUUUUACACAUUAUUUGAUGUAAAAUUAUU